CGGAAGUGGUGAGUCCGGACGCUUUAGGGAAGGUACCCGCGGAGUACACAGACACCCCGACCGUCUGUGGGCCGCCUAGGCCUCCCUAGCCGCCAUGAACCGGCUCCAGGAUGAUUACGAUCCCUACGCGGUGGAAGAGCCGAGCGACGAGGAGCCGGCUCUGAGCAGUUCUGAAGAUGAAGUGGAUGUGCUGUUACAUGGAACUCCUGAUCAAAAACGAAAGCUCAUCCGGGAAUGUCUUACUGGAGAAAGCGAGUCAUCUAGUGAAGAUGAAUUUGAAAAAGAAAUGGAAGCUGAAUUGAACUCUACCAUAAAAACAAUGGAGGAUAAGUUAUCCUCUAUGGGGACAGUGUCUUCCGCAGGAGUUGGGAAUGUUGGAGGAGUUACAACAAAGUACUAUGAUGAUAUUUAUUUUGAUUCCGAUUCUGAGGAUGAAGACAAAGCAGCACAUGUGACCAAGAAAAAGAAGAAGAAACAACGAAGGAUUCCAACAAAUGAUGAGUUGCUAUAUGAUCCAGAGAAAGAUAACAGAGACCAAGCCUGGGUUGAUGCACAGAGACGGGGUUACCAUGCUUUUGGAUUGCAGAGACCCCAUCAAAAACAACAGCCUGUUCCAAACAGUGAUGCUGUUUUGAAUUGCCCUGCCUGUAUGACUACACUGUGCCUUGAUUGCCAAAGGCAUGAAUCCUACAAGACUCAGUACAGAGCAAUGUUUGUGAUGAAUUGUUCUGUCAACAGAGAGGAGGUUCUAAGAUAUAAGAAUCCAGAAAACAGGAAGAAAAAGCGGGGUGCUAAGAAGAUGAGGUCUAACCCUGAAGGUCCUGUGGAGACAGAAGCGGAAGAGAUCUAUCACCCUGUCAUGUGCACAGAGUGUUCGACCGAAGUGGCAGUCUAUGACAAGGAUGAAGUCUUUCAUUUCUUCAAUGUUUUAGCAAGCCAUUCUUGAACAGUGUCACUCACAGGUAAUCUGCUUCCCAGCAUUGUAUAAAGCAAAUAUGGACUUUUACUUUCUCUGUCAUUCAGUGACACUGAGUUAUUAAAGCAGUAUUUCAUCUUUAUGAAAAUGGCUAUCAACCUCUAUCUCUUCCCUUUUUUAUUUUUAAUUUUCCCAUUCAUUCAUUUCAUUUUUGGUGCAUCUUUGGAGACUUUGGGACUUCUUAUUUAUUAAAUUAGCUUCCUAGAAUUAAAUAGUUUUGGAAUUAGUAUUUGUUUCUUAUUGUUUGGCCCAUUUUCUAUUGCUGUAACAAAGUACUAGAGGUUGGUGCUUUAUAAAGAAAUAAGUUUGGGGGUUGGCAAGAUGGCUCUGCACUUGACAUGCAAGCCUGACAACCUGGGAUUGUUUAAGCCCUGGAACCCUCAGUGGGAGGACAGGAUAACUCAAGUUUUCCUAUGACUGACUUAAACAUGCAUGCAGGUGCACACACACUCACACAGAGGACCUGAAAAGUGGGGGCAUGUUGACCAUUUUGUGGGGUGACAAAAUUGGGGCAGUAAGUAGGGGCAAAGUUCAGAGGUGUGCAUAUGAAACUUCCAUAAUGAAACCUGUUUUGUAUGCUGACUAAAUGCAACAUGAAAUAAAAUACUAUUAAGAACUA